AGGCGCGCAGACCUCUGUCAUUUAUUUAUUUUUCUUUCCACUGGGUGCGCUGUCCCUUUAAAUGGGGACGCUGGUGCUGGCUCCGUAACACCGGAGCCGGCAGCUUGUUGAUUUCAGAGCUGGUGAAUUUCACAUUGUUUCCACUUCACUUUCCUCGCUCCGGGGGGAGGCUCGGGUUGGCUGUAGGACCACUGUCGCCUCUGCCAGCCGGGGCCAGGGGAGGGCAGGGACCUGCAGCAUCGGGGCCCGCGUGGGGCCGCAGGGAAGGGUGUCGGGGCCACACACGCACCCUCGCUGCAGUCAGCUGCUGCCGAAGCCCGGACGCCCGGAGCGCACGGAGCCGGGACCGCCCGCCCAGACGCCCGCCCGCCAGCCCGCCCACGGGCCGGGGCCGCAGCCAGGGAGCCGGCGAGGGGAGGAGGCCCGGGGGGGGGCGGGGUGGGGGGCGGGGGUGGGUGCUGCCGCCGCCGCGGAGCUGCUACUCGGCGCGUUUUGCAUGAAGAUGGCGGCUCCCACCGCCAGCAAGGCAGCGUCCCUGGGCUGUAACAACAAGCCAACGUUCCCGGAGCUGGAUUUCAGGUCGGGAGCUCGGGUGGAGGAAUUGAACAAACUCAUCCAAGAAUUCACGAAGCACGACCAGCGGGAAUACGACGACCAGAGAGCGCUGGAGAUUCACACAGCCAAGGAUUUCAUCUUUUCCAUGCUGGGAAUGGUACAAAAGCUGGACCAAAAACUUCCAGUGGCCAAUGAGUACCUGUUGCUCUCUGGGGGAGUCCGGGAAGGCGUGGUGGACCUGGACUUAGAUGAGCUGAAUGUCUAUGCCCGGGGGACAGACUACGACAUGGACUUCACUCUUCUGGUGCCAGCCCUUAAGCUGCAUGACCGUAAUCAGCCUGUGACACUCGACAUGCGCCACUCAGCCUUGUGCCACUCUUGGCUGAGCCUCCGGCUCUUUGACGAGGGGACAAUCAGUAAGUGGAAAGACUGCUGCACCAUCGUGGAUCACAUCAACGGUGCCACCAACUACUUCUUCUCCCCAACCAAAGUGGCCGACUGGUUCUAUGACUCCAUCAGCAUUGUCCUCUCGGAGAUCCAGAAGAAACCCCAGCGAGGGAUGCCAAAGGUGGAAAAGGUAGAGAAGAACGGGACCAUCAUCUCCAUCAUUCUGGGAGUGGGGAGCAGUCGCAUGUUGUAUGAUAUCGUCCCUGUGGUAUCUUUCAAGGGCUGGCCUGCAGUGGCCCAGAGCUGGCUCAUGGAGAACCACUUUUGGGAUGGGAAGAUCACUGAGGAAGAGGUCAUCAGUGGGUUUUAUUUGGUGCCUGCUUGCUCAUACAAGGGUAAGAAGGACAAUGAAUGGCGGCUGUCCUUUGCCAGGAGCGAGGUGCAGCUGAAGAAGUGCAUCUCUAGUAGCCUCAUGCAGGCCUACCAGGCCUGCAAAGCCAUCAUCAUUAAACUCCUGUCCCGGCCCAAGGCUAUCAGCCCCUAUCACCUGCGGAGCAUGAUGCUCUGGGCCUGUGACAGACUUCCUGCCAACUACUUGGCCCAAGAAGACUAUGCAGCGCACUUUUUGCUGGGCCUCAUCGAUGACCUACAACACUGUCUAGUCAACAAGAUGUGCCCCAAUUAUUUCAUCCCUCAGUGCAACAUGCUGGAGCACCUGUCAGAGGAGACCGUCAUGCUCCAUGCGCGGAAGCUCUCCUCCGUCCGCUCGGACCCGGCAGAGCACUUGCGCACGGCCAUCGAGCACGUCAAGGCGGCCAACCGGCUGACCCUGGAGCUCCAGAGGCGGGGCAGCACCACCAGCAUCCCCUCCCCGCAGUCCGACGGAGGGGACCCCAACCAGCCUGAUGACCGUUUGGCCAAAAAACUGCAACAGCUAGUGACUGAGAACCCGGGGAAAUCCAUCUCUGUCUUUAUCAACCCUGAUGAUGUCACAAGGCCCCAUUUCAGAAUUGAUGAUAAAUUUUUCUGAGCGUUUUGCUGCCUCCCCCCUCCCCCACCCCUUUUUCUGGUUCUCAAACGCUCAUCAUGUGUAGUGUGGUUUGUGAUGCUGACUUUCCGUUUUUUACAUAUCCAGCCUAGAUUGGAUCUGUUAAGAACACAUUUUAAGUUUCCUGGUUCUGCAGGACGGUGCAGGCUCUGAAACAGUAUAUUACUAUUUCAUAUUCUGCCUCUGAUUUUGUUGUUUAUUUUUUGUAGUUAUUGUCACAUUGGUUUUUGGUUUUGGUUUUUUUAAGGAGAACUUGAGCCAUAGACGAAAAUGCCCAUGAAUUCUCUUGCUUUUUUACUGUUUCAUGCUUUGUGCAAAUUUGUUAAUGAGGAUAGGGCAACAGAUCUCUUUCUGACACUUCAGGAUUCUGUUGUGGGUUUUUUUGUGGGUUUUUUUUUUGUCUUUUUAUUUAAUUUUUUUUAAUGAGCUUUCAUCACUACAGAUAUUUGAGAAUCAUCUGAACCUGGAAACUACCUGGUAUGUUAGCUGGGUUUAUUCCCUUUGACCAGUGACGGGAGUAGUUUCCCCCUUUUCACCAAACAAUGUAGACUUUGAAAGUGAUAAUGCUACCAGUUGUGUUUUGAAGCAACUUCAUUGAAUGUAAUUGUCCUCAGAUCAGAACUUUGGAUGGUUUGGAGGGUGUGUUUGACAACUUUCCAAACAGAAUUAAGGUUUCCAAAUGGUAGUUUUAGCGUGUGUAAUUAUUUGAAGCCUUAUUUAAAUCCUAUUAAAGAACAUACCAUUAUAAUUGUUAUUUGCACUAAUGAAAUCUUGGCCAUUGUCAGAGUUCCAGUGUGUGUGUUUCAAUAGACAUUGACAUCCACUGUUGAAAUGCUAUCAUUUUUUUUUUUUCAUUUAACCCAUUUCUCUCGAUCAAUAGAAUGAUUCUUUGCAUUUGUUUCGUUCUCCUUUAAUUGUGGGGUCCUGUUUUUCCCUCUUUGAUAUUCCUGGUUCCUGUCUUACGGAGAGAAGUUUGUAAAGCUUUACACCUGCUAAGUGACCAUCCGAAGCUGGGGAAAAUAUACUUGAUAGAGUAGGUGUCUUUGUAUGUACUGCUUUUGGGGUUAUAGAGGUAAACUUUUAUGUAAAGUCUCUUUGCUUCUACUGGGAGUUGUGGGGAAAACUGGCAGAAAGAAUUUAUAAUCCCUGAAUAGAAGACACCAUGCCUGUUCAAAAGCAGGUUUUCUAUAGAGCAGGAACGAGGACAUAUCUGUGGGUGGUAGCUUUGUGUGGAGGUGUCUUAUCUUCAUGAAUGAAAUCACUUGCCAGGUUUAGAUACCACAAGUCACUGGCUCCCUGUUUUGGUAUGGACUCAUGGCAAACUGUGGUGUCUGAGAGGUCAGGGGCCCAGCUGAUAUCUCAAAGGAUGACCAUGAUGUCUAUUAUUGGAAAGGUCAAGCAACAAUUUGGAUUUGAUCUUAAAGGUCCAGACUCACAAGUUGGAUUUUAGCCAAUUGAAAUCAGGCAUAUGCAGUCUUGGGUUUUUGCAUGGGAAUUAAUGUAAUGCUUAUAACUGAAAAUGAAAUCAUUCAGCCAUCUUAAGUCAAACACAAAAUAAUAAACAUAUUGGCCUUGGAA